GAAAGAAGAGGUCCGAUGGUGUUCAAGGAAGACCAGAAACCCUACAUCGGCCUAGAAUUCCAAGAGGACGUCCUGGUAUGGCACAUCGGCACCUUCAUCUUCCUCUGGCACCUCCGUGAUCACCACCAACUCAUCAACGAGCGGUAUAUGGAAGCCAUCGAGCUGGUGUCAGAGUACCUGAUGUUCCUCGUCGCUCUGCGCCCUCACAUGCUGCCAGGUUUCGUGCUCCGCAGUUUGCUCGAGACAACCUGCGAUUCCUUGGGUACUGUUUGGAAUCAAGCUCAUCAAGGUCAUGGCCGCGCUUCUAGCUCUACCACAUCAUCAGGAAAGGAGAAGCUUGCCCAGAUCCUGUACAACAAAAUACCACAAGGAAAGGAGAGGAAACACAAUAAGACCACUUGGGGUGCGGACAAGGCCGAAACCCGUCUUAUCUCGGAUGGAAUCCUACUGGCCCGUACACUGCUAAAGCCUAUUCAGCGGAAGAACCCCAAGCCGGAGAACCCGGAAACAUUGUUGGAGCUCAUCUUCGAUGUGUGGGUGGAUAAGCUGAUCUAUGCGGGCACCAAAUGCAGCAGGGAGUCGCAUGCCAAGCAGCUCAGCCGUGGGGGCGAGCUAACAACCAUCGUGUGGAUGAUCGUUGAACACGUCGGCACAUUUCGCAUUGGCGAAAAAAUAAAACCCAAAGAUAGGAGAACUCCUCUUCGUCGUCCUACGUUGCCCAUGCCAAUGCCACCACCUCAUCCACCAUCAGCUUAUCUUCCUUGGUGGGCUACUCAACUCCCUUUCCCUCCUGCAACGUCUCCUCAAUUCCUUUAUUAUUAUCCUCCUCAGUGGCCAACACAACAACCUUCGUACCCAGAACAACCACCACCUCCAUCUCCACCUUCACCUCAUGUCGGACUUGAGGAAGAGGAUGACGACGAUGAUAAACAGAAAAGGCGAACCGAGGCCAGGCCACCACCACACCGAACGAACCAGCGGCGGCAGAGCGGAAGCGGCGCCGAGCCACCAGCCCUUCUCCUCCGCCGCCUCCACAGUCCACGGAACAUGGCCAUGGCCGCCUCCUCCCGGCUGCUGUGGGCGUCCCGCGCCGCCGCCUACCUCAGGAUCUCCACCUUCCCCAGGGCCUUCUCCACCGUGCUGAAGGAUCUGAAGUAUGCUGAGACUCAUGAAUGGGUGAAGGUUGAGGGUGAUUCAGCAACUGUUGGGAUUACUGACCAUGCCCAGGAUCAUUUGGGUGAUGUUGUGUAUGUGGAGCUGCCAGAAGUUGGCAUCAGUGUAUCCCAGGGAAAGAACUUUGGCGCUGUUGAGAGUGUGAAGGCAACCAGUGAUAUCAACUCACCAGUAUCUGGAGAGGUCGUUGAAGUGAAUGAGAAACUCAGCGAGGAACCUGGAUUGGUGAAUGGAAGUCCAUACGACAAGGGAUGGAUUAUCAAGGUUAAGCUCAGUGAUUCAGGUGAGCUCAGUUCACUGAUGGAUGACGAAAAGUACUCGAAAUUCUGCGAGGAAGAAGACAGCCAUUGAAGAAAUAAGAGUGUCUUCUGAACAUCAAAGACCUGUGUUUCAAGCUUUAUCAGUGCUUUUGGUCUCUGAGACCGUCGCAAAUUGGAAAGGUUCAUGGCAUGCAAUAAAUUAGUUUAGGGUUUGCCUCUUCAAGGGCCUGAGAACUCCGAGUUGUAAAGGACAUGAUCGAGUUUCGUUCUCUCAUUCUAGUUGCAACGCUCAUGAGUUUUCGUUAACUGUCUCUGUUUCAUUCCUUGGUAUACAAAUUGUUUGGUCCUU